AUGGUUAGUAUAGACCUUAAUGUUGAACCCGACGUCGGAGAAGGAACUAUUGUGAAUUCAACUACGCCUACCACCCCUUGUCUAGGAAUGUGUUUUGAGUCCGGUCUUGAGUUUAGUGAAUUUUUCCAUCGUUAUGCUUACAUGACGGGUUUUGAGUUGUUUGUAGUUGGUAAUAGGAUAAAGGAGUACAAGGAUAAGGGUGUUAGUAAAAUUGGUAUCGAUGACCUUGAGGCUAGGCCGCAUAUGAUGGAGAUGAUCAGAUUAAAGUGUAAGAAAGGAGGUGUGAAAUCAAGUGUCGGCUCUAAUGUUACUGGUUGCAAAGUUUUUGUUUAUGGUAAAGAGAAAAACGGAGAGUUUGUAGUUAUUAGUUGUCAGUUGGAGCAUAAUCAUCCUCUAACUCCCGAAAGUAGUAGGAUGAUGAUUAACUAUAGAAGCAUCGAUAGUGCUACCUUUGAUAGGGUGAUGAUAAAUGAAAGGGCCGGUGUUAGCGUUAGUAGAAACUUUGGCACGCAAUUGAUUGAAAAUGGUGGUUUUGAUAAUAUGACGUUCAACAAAAAAGAUUUGAGAAACGCCAUAGCUGUUGAACGUCGUAAAACCAUGUUUGAGAAAGGAGAUGCUGUUGCUCUUGAAGAGUAUUUCAAAGCACAACGAGAUCUGAAUGCCGAUUUUUAUAGUUCUAUACAACGAGAUGAAGAAGGUGUUUUAAAGAACGCAUUCUGGUCCGACGCGCGUAGUAGAGGAAAUUGCAAAUAUUUCGGGGAUGUGAUCAGUUUCGACACCACCUUUUCUAGCAAUAGGUAUCGUAUGCCAUUUGCCCCAUUUGUUGGCGUCAACCACCAUGGGAGGUCAAUUGUUUUCGCUGCCGCUUUAAUCUCAAACGAAGACACUCCAAGUUUUGUUUGGGUCUUUGAGGAAUGGCUUAAGUGCAUGGGAAAGCCUCAUAUGGGAAUUAUAACCGACCAGGACAAGGCAAUAGGUAGAGCGAUAAGCAUAUUUUCCCCCGGGGUUCCUCACUGGCUUUGUCUGUGGCACAUGCUACAAAAUGCCUCUCGGAAUCUCGGCAAGCUCGAUGAAUGGAAAAGCAUCGACACGCUAAUUAGAACCGCCGUUCAUGAUAUGCUCGAUCCCGAGGAGUUUGAUGAGGCUUGGUGUCUUGUGAUGGAAAAAUAUAAUCAACAUAAGGGUUGGAUGCAGGGUGGGUAUGAUAAACGUCGGCAAUGGGCACCAGCCUACAAUAGAGGUAAAUUUUGGGCUGGAAUGUCCUCUGCGCAAAGAAGUGAAGAGGAAGAGUCGGAGGAUAAUAUUGAUAGUAUAGAUAAGCCUCCUCGACUUGAUGUUGACAAGAGUGUGUUAGCUGAGUAUGUUUUCCAUAAGGUUUACACCAAUGAGAUGUUUGCUGCGGUUGUGAAUGAGCGUAAAGGUUUAACCCACACAAACGUAACCAAAACCAAUGCAAUGGGGUCACUUGUAUUGUAUAGAGCAGAUGAGAAACUGACCUCCCCUCAUUGGAGGAAAAGGCACAUACUCAAAGCAAUGGAUGUGGAGGAUUUUCAAUUUAUACCGGAGAAAUAUAUACUAGAUAGAUGGACAAAGCAAGUUAGGUCUUACGAGAGUGUUAGGGUUUCAUACUAUGAUCCUGAAGAAACUGCAAGGUUAGCCAAAGCUAAAGAGCUUUCCCAAAGGCAUAAUUAUUUGAAAGAAUUAACCAUGCGCAAUGAAGUUGCCUACAAGUUAUAUACGGAAGCCACUGAUAGUCUUAGGAUAAAAAUGGAGGAUGCAGUCGGUAUAAGAAAGACUGGUGAAGUAGGUGAUAAGUCUAUUUGUUGCUGGGAUCCCGAAGCACGUAAUGUAUUUGAUCGUCGUAGGCUACGACCGAGGGAGAGUAAUGAACGUGCCCUAAAAAGGGCAUCUCAACCUGCUGAGGAUGGUGCCAUUAAAACCCCCAUUGAUAAGAGGCAUGUUGGUCGGUCUAAGAAAGGACCGUGUUCAAUUUACGACAAAUCAAAGAAGAACCAAGCAUGUAAUCACGCUGAGAUUGCAGCGAAUGAGGAACUCAUAAGGUCUACUUAUGGCCAUAUUCCUAGCUACCGGGCUAGGCAAGAGCAUGCGAACAACGUUCAUGAUGCACGUGUACAUUCCUCAUGCAGUGCACCUGUUUUAGAAGACAUUCCUGAAUCAUCUCAAAUAAAUUUGUCCGAAGAUAUAUCUCAAACUUUUGAUUAUGAUACCUUUGAAUGGCACACAAGACUCGGAGGUGGAGUGACCAUGUAG